UUCCUGUUGUGUAUGUGCGAGAUGAGACAAUACUUGCAGUAGAGGGAAUAUUGCAGUAGAGAGAAUAUUUCGUAGUUUACAUCAAGAAAAUGGGAGGUCAGAAAGUAACCGGUGAGACGUAUACAAGACACUUGCCGUACUCAGUGGUGGCAAAAUUAACGUCACUUCUUGAGCCAGGAAAACAAUGGGAAAAGUUUGUUGUAAACAUACCACGAAAACUGGUGAUGUUGGACCAGGAUGAUUUUGUGCCAAAGUAUGAUCUUACGUAUGUAAGUAUGAUCGAGGAUCGAGGCAAGAAGCCGGGGGCGAGUUCCACACGUGCAAUUUUAGACGACUGGGGAACUCAGAAUGUGCGAGUGAAACAUUUGAUCAAGGUACUGGUGAUUUCAGAGCUGUACGGAGCGGCGGAUUAUUUGUCGGUGAAUGUCUUGGAUGGGGAACCAGUGCCACGCCCACGUUUGGAAACAUCAGACAGAACGGGUCAAGAAAACCUAGCAGAACAGGCUACAAUUACUCCUAAAGAAUAUGAAGAUAGAGAUACCUUUUAUAUUCGGAAUAUGGAGGGUGAUCAUGCUUUAUCAGAAACCCAGGGAACCUUUGAAAGCAUGGGUGAAGAGAGAAGACUUUCGGUGAGAAGUGGUUUACCAUCUGUCGAUCUGAAGUCGGAACCCAGUUUAGAGAGUAUUCGUGCCCCUGGAGAAUCAGAUGAAAUUGCUGAAGAAGAGGAAAUCUUAAGACAGCUCCAUGGAAAUGAGGCUAUCCUUUUACGACAACUGGACUACAAAAUGUUGAAACAUAUCACUAAUAAUUUCAAUGAAAUAGAAUUGAGCAAGGGAGGUAGCAUGAUUGGCAGGGGAGGAUUUGGGACAGUUUUUCUGGGUAAGUUCAACAAUGGCUUUAAAAUUGCUGUGAAAUGCUUAAAGGAAGAAAAUGAUGAUAAUCUGAAACAGUUUCAGACUGAGUUGAAUGUUCUCUCAAAGUAUCGUCAUGAAAACAUUGUCCAUCUGCUGGGAUAUUCCAGUGAAGAUGCAAACCACUGCCUGAUUUACCAGUACAUGCCGAACGGAUCUCUGGAAGACCGCCUCGGAUGCAAGAAUGAGACAGAGCCUCUCGACUGCCCGGUGAGAUUAAGCAUAGCUCAGGGCACAGCGAGAGGAAUCAACUAUCUCAAUGAGAACGGGUUUGUCCAUAGAGACAUAAAAAGUGCAAAUGUUUUAUUAGACAAAGACUUUACUCCUAAAGUUGGCGACUUUGCAACUGCCAGAUUAGCACCUAAAGGAACAGGGGCAACAUGUACACAGACAAUGGUUGUGAUCGGCACGUCAGCCUACUUGGCACCGGAGGCGUACCAGUUUGAUGUCUCCGCCAAACUGGACACCUACAGCUAUGGAGUCGUGCUUCUCGAACUGCUGACAGGUCUGCCAUCGUUUGACGAGGAACGAGAAGAUCGAGACUUGUGGACCCACAUGGAGGAGAACUGCGAGGACAUUAUGGACAUGGUGGACCAGUCAGCGGGGUCGUGGAAGGAGGAGACGGCCAUUGCCAUGUACAGCAUCGCAACAAGGUGCCUCGUCAAGAAGAAGCAUAGGCCUCUCAUGGAAAAACUUCUUCCAGAACUGGAGAGCUUGUCAAAUUAAAAACUAUGCGACAGGGAAUAAGGAAUCAAAAAACAAUUUAACAUGAUGCGAGACUUACCAUCCACUUUGGAAAUCCUGUUUUUCAAACUUUACUGUUUACCAUUUUACAGUGAAAAUGUCAGGAUUGACAAAGUUCCUGGAUGGUGAAAGUAGUGUUUGGAUUUAGGGAGAAUUUGGGCCACAACUAGAUAGUUAAAUCAUGGAUACAGAGUAAUGUACAUACAUUUUUUCUCAUGACUCAGCAUAGAAUAUAGCAAUCUGAUUUACUUGUGACAUGUAACAAAUGUUAUAUUUUUGUGAUAACACUUUCUUAGUAAAAUAGUAAAGUACAGAUUCUUGUACAUUGUGUAUUCAUGACUUGUGACAGUCAUGUAGAAAGUAUGUCAUGUCGGCUUGCCGGCCUGUACAGACAUCAUGAAGUCAUAUUGUUGUAUGUGAUUGUGACGUCACUUGCUUGUCAUGAUGAUCAUGUGAUGUCAUGUGACAACAGAACCUGUUUGAUUUCUGAGUUACCGUUGACAAUCACAAGAUUGAUCUGAUGGUCACAUGACAAUAUUUCACCAAAAAUAAUUGUAGCUGAUGAAUUUGUCAUGGUUAUAGUGUUACUGGUGUCAAAAGUGGUGUGUACAGGAUUUUACAGGUUGAGAUUCUGUCAAAAAAAGAGAGUCUGUCUGCCUUAUUAAAUCCUGCCAAACAGAUGACACAUGUAACAUUUGCUGUACUUGGUCAAUUACAAGCUGAUCUGUUAUGAUCAGGGUCCAGAAGUAAAGUCCUGUUAUAGGUCAGGUGAAGUGGAGUUUAACUUCACGGUUAAGAUUAUAGCACUUACAUAGCGAUGUGUGUGUGUGUGCGUGCGUGCGUGCAUGCGUGCGUGUAUUUGAGAGAGAGAGUGAGAGAGCGUGUGGACGCUCGCUUGCACUUGUACUAUUCCGGACUAAUGCCGAUUUUAUAGUGCUAGCUCACUGAGAUACCAUGCCACAGUUUAGCAUAGAUACCCCACUAGGUACAUGAUAAACAGCAUUAGCAUGAUUAGUUUCUUAAAGAACCUAAAUCUUUGCGUUAUUAGCUUGAUUAAAAAAUUAUUUUAUGAUACACAUGUAUUACAUAUUUGGAUUGAUCCUGUCAUAAGACUUGCGAGAGUAGUGAGGUGUUUUAUACCACAGUCAGCAAUAUUCCAGCUAUACAACAGGGGCUGUUAAUAAUGAAGUCUUGGACAGGCAAACCAGUGCUUGAUAUUGUAAAUAACAUCCCUGUAUUAAGACAUGUAAGAGUAGUGAGGUAUUUUAUACCACAGUCGGCAAUAUUCCAGCUAUACAACAGGGGCUGUUAAUAAUGAAGUCUUGGACAGGCAAACCAGUGCUUGAUAUUGUAAAUAACAUCCCUGUAUUAAGACAUGUAAGAGUAGUGAGGUAUUUUAUACCACAGUCAGCAAUAUUCCAGCGAUAUAACAGGGGCUGUUAAUAAUGAAGUCUUGGACAGGCAAACCAGUGCUUGAUAUUGUAAAUAACAUCCCUGUAUUAAGACAUGUAAGAGUAGUGAGGUGUUUUAUACCACAGUCAGCAAUAUUCCAGCUAUACAACAGGGGCUGUUAAUAAUGAAGUCUUGGACAGGCAAACCAGUGCUUGAUAUUGUAAAUAACAUCCCUGUAUUAAGACAUGUAAGAAUAGUGAGGUGUUUUAUACCACAGUCAGCAGUAUUCCAGCGAUAUAACAGGGGCUGUUAAUAAUGAAGUCUUGGACAGGCAAACCAGUGCUUGAUAUUGUAAAUAACAUCCCUGUAUUAAGACAUGUAAGAGUAGUGAGGUAUUUUAUACCACAGUCAGCAAUAUUCCAGCGAUAUAACAGGGGCUGUUAAU